AUGCCUUUAGCCGAGACGAGAGGCGAGAUCGCUGUCUAUAUCCCACCGCUCGACAACGAAAAUAUCUGGGAAGGUCGUUUGACUAUGAUCGAACAGAUCCACCGCCAAAGGCCCAACGGCGAAUGGUCCGGCGCAAUCAUCUGCACUAUAAGCGGCGGCGGCCUCCCAGCUGGCAUCGUACAGGUUAUGGCACGCGUGGUCUGGGGCUCCGAGGUCCAGAUAUUACCCGUCGAAACAAAGGAGGUGGACUUACUGUACCAGUUGUCACAGGUUAGAGAGCCACAUCAUCAUACCUGGCAUCACUUCGAUCGCAAUAUUCCCCGGAGUAGUCCGGGUAUCCAAACGAGCGGUCGAGCUCUUAUCACGCAACAACGUGCCCCAAAUGUGCCCAGUCUUGCGCUCGAGGAUACAGGAGCUGCAGUGUGA